AAAAUUCUUUUGUCGAACGUUUGUAUAUAUUCAGAAUGUAUGAUAGUUCAGUGCGCUUCUUCAAGACAUCGGCGAUGAUUAAGUUCCUAGCAGGAUCGCUGUUGCUGUCCACGCUGUCACUGGGUGUCCGCGCCGACGAUGUCAUCGCCGGUAGUGACGUCAGGAGAAUCAAUGCCUUCUCGCUGCGGCAGCUGAAGUUGCUGGCGGCGGACGCGGACCGGAACCUGGUGUUGUCCCCGCCGAGCGUGGCCACGGUGCUCGCCAUGAUGCAGGUCGGCGCCAGGAACAACUCCCACCGGGAGCUGGAGUCCGCGCUCGGCAUGUCCGGCGAGAAGACCAGGAGCGUGUACGGAGGACUGGCCAAUUACCUGGGGGCUUAUGUGGAUGGUCCAGAUAAAACCCUGGUAAUAGCAAACAAGAUCUUCCUGCAAUUCGGAUUUACACCUUUUCCAUCAUUCUCCAAGGAUUUGAAAUCAUACUUCUCGACCGAAAUUGACCACAUAAACUUCAGGAUGACAAACAGUCGGAAACCGAUUUGCGAAUGGGUAUCAUCCCACACUCAGAACAAGAUCCGUAGAAUUUUUGUUAAAGAUCCGCCGAAUAAUACCGAGAUAGUAAUUGCAAGCGUCUUCUUCUAUAAGAGUAAUUGGGAGCAUCGUUUCGACAAGGAACUCACAAAACUUGCAAACUUCGAAGUGAGUCCUGGUAAGUUCGUGACCGUGCCCACAAUGCACCACGGCGCCAUACCUGCUCGCCACGGCUCCAGCGACAAGCUGCAGGCGAAGUGGGUCAUGUUGCCAUUCGAGAGUGGGCGUUUCUGCAUGCUCGUGAUUCUUCCGAACAAUCGGUUCGGACUGGCGGAGCUGAUCAAGGAGAUGACUGGCAGCGACAUGAACCAAAUACUUACCGGCAGAGAGUACACCAACGUUGAGAUCUCGCUUCCUAAAUUCAAAUUGACGUCCACGAUAUUGCUCAACGAGGAACUCAGACAUAUGGGCAUUCCCUCGGCUUUUAGAGAAGCAAACUACUUUGAACACAUCACCAAGGAGCCACUGGAGGUCGGCAAUCUCGUUCACAAGGCCGUGUUCGAGGUCGACGAGACGGGAGGCGCAGGAACUGCGUCAACAGGUACGCGACUGGGACGCGAAAUCAGAACAAACAGCGAUAACAGCUUCAACGUGGACCACCCGUUCCUGGCUGCGGUGGUGGAGACGAGGAGAUACCUGCCAGUGCUGUUCGCCGUCGUGCAAGACCCGUCAAAGAGCAUCGCGGAGGAAUCUGAAGGAGAAGACUCGAGUUGCUGAGGACACACCAUCCCCCGCGCGGGUCCUGGCGUCCGAACAACAAAACAUCACUUCACCAUACCUGUGUUUUUAACUAUGCCCUUGGUAACCAGCAGAAAUAAAGAUGAUUGUCUUAAUCCCCAAUUCGGCUGGCAUGAUUAAAAAAAAAAAACAGUUUUGUUGUUAACAUUUUUUCAAGUGAUACUUCGUAUUAUGCUGAAAAAAAUUAAAUUUAUUAGUGUUUUAUUAAUGCCAUACAGACAUCAUAUGUUGUAAUAUUUUCAUGGACUCAAUAUAGGCAAUGAGUGAAGUCUA